CGUGUUUAACCUCACCUUCAUUUCUGGAGAAUCAGCUCUAUUUUAAGGUACAGAAGGGGGAUUCUGUUUCCACCCUGGCACUGUCUUCUAAGGCACACUAUCACCAAUGGAAGAAAAACUUGUUUUUCUAGCAUUUUGGGCUUCUGAUGAACAGAGCAAGAGUCUUCCCCAAGGAGCAUCUUCAGCAGAAACGAAAUAGUUGGCUGGAUUAACUGGCUCUCAUUCAGAGGGAACUUGGCAGAUCUAUUUUGCUUUUGUUGAACCUCUCUACAGCACAUCAUAAAGAUUUCCUAGGUCCAGGAGCUGCAGAAAAGACAACUGAGCAGCAGAAAAAUGUGACUCUGAGAAGAGACUUCAAGCCUUCCGAUGAUGAAUUUUCUACUGAUCAGUUCUAACUUAAAUAUAUAACUGAAGCAUGCAUAAAAGUUAACCUGAUAGGGAAAAACACCUUCUCAUUAAUUAGAACUGCCAAAUAAAAAAAAAAAAAAAAAGAGCAGUCACUUGAAGCUUCAAAAUGAGUGCUCCACUAAUUCCAAACAAGUCAUGUUUUUCCCAGCUUCACGACAGCCACGGUGAAAUAAGAAACAACAAUGAAAGCAUAGUGAAUGUUGGGGAUACCAAUGCCAACCAAAUUGUAACAAAAGUUAGAGCCACUGAUGGGGAUGUUAAGAAACAUGAUUUAACAGAUGAGAGUGGGAAUUUGUACUCUGGAGGAACAGAGAAAGUGACUCAUCUGCCUACAGAGCAGAAUAAACUUCUGACCUUCAAAGACUCUCGAACCUGUCACACCAGUGCGCAGGAGAGUAAGCUGCCCUCCACCACAAGCAGGGAAAUGGGGAAAGAUUGCAGGACCAGCGAAGCUAAGGAUAUAUCAAGGCAUAUCAGGAUUAGCCGAGGACAAAGUCUGUCCAAUUUAAAAAGUAGCACAAAUGAUGCCAACCUGGAGGUUGUCUCCAAAGGUAAUAUUGACUUCACCCAGAACAUUCCUAAGGGAAAAAUGUCCAGGACUGUGGAGGUGGAGAGAAUAAAAAGGCUUUCUUUGGGAAGACCAAGUAAAUUUUCUCCUCAGCCUGAAACAUUUGCAAAAGACGGCGUUGGUCGCGUGUCGUGCAAGCGUCUGCUUUCUGCAUCAUUGGACUCCAUUGACAGGUCUCACCACUUAGUAGGAAGUACAGAGAAAUCCCAAAAAACAUCCACGGAUCAUUUUCUUGGGAUGGUGUUUUGUCCACUUGACAAUACCUCAGAGGAAAAGACUGUAUUUUAUUCCACACCGUCUACCUCAGGGAACAAGAAAACAAGUAAACCAGAAAAUGUACCAAAUGUUAGCAUUGAAAGCACAUUGCAUACUUCUCAUUCUCAACAUUCAGCUGUUAAGCUCAAUGAAGUUGCUAGUAAAUCAGAAGCACAAUUAGGUCAGGGUGAUAAAAGCAAAAAACUGGAGCUUAGGACUGCACCAUCUCUACAAUAUAAAAAUACCUGUCCACAAAAGAUAGAGAGAAUUAUGCUGGUAGAGUUCCUGGGAUGUCCAAGAGCUGAAAAUACAGCAGUGCAGGAACAGAAAAGCUCUGGGUCUGACAUGUCAAAAUUUCAAGUAUCCCGUUUUCACGACACCUGUAAUAGAGUAGAGGACCCAUUGUCAAGCCAGAUAGUAACCCAUCCUGAUGAUAAAUUGCAAAAUGAUAACAUCGCCAACAGUAGGGAAGGAAGAGGAAGCAAUGACAGUGACAGCAGGGCAACCAGCCAGGCUGGUGAGGAAUAUUUUACUGAUGAGGAAAUGGAAACAAUAUUUCCACUCACCUGUGGUAGUAAAUCCAGCAUCAAAGUGACACUGAGAAAAAACAAAAAUUUGCAUGAAGUUGACACAGGUUGUGCUGAAACAGUUGGUGAACACAUAUCUCCUAUACAUGAUAUUAAUCCACCUGACAGCAAACCCUUGGAAGUUAAUGAGAAUAAACUGAUGCUAGUCAAAGAAAGCACAGAGGAUGCUGUUGUGCCUGCUUCUGAUCCGUCAGAUCGUCACAGAGCGCGCAGUGCAGAGACAGCGUCAAGCCAACAACCUGACAGUCACAGCAAUGAUGUGGAAACCUCAAAUGUUUCAGUUUCAAGUAAAGAAACAGCUAAUGUAGAGAAACAGCCUCCAGAGGAAGCCCCAGAGAGCUGUAAUAUUCCAACAAAGGCUGAUGUCUUUUUAUGUGUCCCAACUCCUGUGCACCCAAUGGCAACGCCGGAUGUUAAUGGUCAGCCCACACUAUCAAACAGUAAUUUGAAGGACCUUUAUGCACUUCAUGAUGACAAAUUGUCACCCUCCUCAGUCCUACCUCCCACUGACAGCACACAGUUGUUAAACUUAUCCCCUAAAGUGCCUAUCAAGACUGCUUGCAGCAGCGCCAUCCCAAAACCUAUCCUGGUCCACCCCAAGGGCUCCGUCACAGAUAAGGCUGGUGUGGACAGUGACUGCAGUGAAAAGCUGGAAGAAGGCAUUGAGAUGAAGCCUGCCAUCCCCCGGCCCAAACCUGUGAGACCGAAGAUCAUCACGUACAUUAGGAGAAGCCCUCGUUCGAUGGAGCAGCUUGACCCCUUGUUCGCGCCAGCGGGGCUGCCCUUCGACGGCGCCGCAUGCAGCGUGCCCGUCCCUGCCGAGCAGAAGGCGUCCAGCGGAGGGGAGCCAAAGCCCGCCAGUGUCCUCUAUGACAAAUUCAAACCUGACCUCCAGAAGCCAAGGCUCUUUGGUUCUGGACUAGUAGUGUCAGGAAUUAGGCCCCCGGGUCAUCACUUUGGUCCAAUGAACGAGAAGUUUCUGCAGGAGGUUGGGGAAAGGCCUGCAAAAGAUGAAUUUUGCCCUCCAGUGUGCACCCACUAUGAGGUGCCACCAAGCUUUUAUCGAUCUGCCAUGAUCCUGAAGCCACAGCUAGGGCUGGGAGCAGUGUCCAGGUUGCCAUCUGCCAAGAGCAGGAUUCUCAUUGCGAGUCAAAGAUCCUCAGGGAGUUGUCUCCAUCAGCAAGGAGAAAUAACAAGUGCUCCCAGCCUCUACCAUCCUGAUGCUUCAGUUGAUCUUAAGAAAGGAUCAUGUCCAAGUGCUGCAAAAUCAAAUCUCCCCAAACCCUGCCCAUCUGGACUUCGUCCCCCAGGUUAUUCACGGCUGCCAGCAGCUAAGCUGGCUGCAUUUGGGUUUGUCAGGAGCUCAAGUGUGUCGUCUGUCUCUAGCAACCAGUCCAACGACAGCGCUCAGAGUGACCAGAGCAGGACAACUAACCGUUCUGGCUUUGGAAAUGAAGAGCAGACCACCCCUAGGGCACCUGCACCUUCUAAGGAUGCCCCCAAGGGGAGCGGCAAAGGCACGACGCAGGUAUUGAGCAGCACAGCGACUCCACGCAGGAGCUUACUGCCAGCACCAAAAACUGCCGCAGCACCCGCUGGUGUGAAGAAAGAAGUGCAAAAAGAUCAGGAUGCUAGCAGACCAGCUGUCUCAUCCCCUAAGAAAUCAGCAGUAACAACCACCAAACUCCAUUCACCAGGACAUUCCAAGCAAAGGCCAACCACCCCAAAGAAUGGAUUCUCCCCCAAACCAGGAGAGGGGCGAGACACUGAAAAGCAGUUUGUUCAGAAACUGAAGGAAAAGUGUGAUGAGCAGUCCCGGCAAUUGAUCAAUAUCCGAGAUGAGCUUAAAAGGGCCAGCUGUGGCUUUGAUGUCUUUGCUAUAACAACACAGUACUUUUUCAGACAGAAUGAAAAUGCCCUUGUGAAAAUAAAGGAGUUAGGAGUCGAGCUUGAAAAGAUCAGGGAGGAAGUUGAGCUCAACACGGCACGAUGGAAGGAGCUGCAGAGCGAGAAGGAGGAGCUGGAGAGGCGCUUCCAGGAGGAGGGGCAGCAGCUCCGCAGGCAGCAGCAGCAGGAGAUGCAGGCCUUGGAGCAGCGGCUGCAGCAGGAGUACCAAGCCAAGAAGGAGAGCCUGCAGGAGCAGCACAGGCUGCAGCUGGAACAAGCCAAAUUGCAGCAUCAGGAUCAGGUGGAAGAUCUCACAGCUGUACAUGAAGCUGCAAUGUCACAGCUGGAGAAUAACCACAUAGUGGCCAUUACAGUUCUGCAGGAUGAGAAUGACUGCAAGAUUCAAGAACUGAAUACUGCUCACAAGCUGGAAAAGGCACAACUGGAGGAGACUUUUGAGAAGCUGCGUCUGUCACUCCAGGACCAGAUAGACACCCUCACCUUCCAGAAUCAAUCUCUAAAGGCCAAAGCAGACCGGUUUGAAGAGGCUCUGAAGAAAAACACUGAGGAGCAGCUGAAGAUUGUGCGAGCUCCGUAUCUACACUUAGAAAAAGAUCUGAAGAGCUUAAAACAUGUUCUGGAAAUGAAGAACCUCCAGAUUCACCAGCAGGAGAAGAUGAUUAUGGAGCUAGAAAAACAGGUUGAAAAAAAUUUAAAACUGGAAGAAAAAAUCACCAUGCUGCAACAGCAGAAUGAAGAACUCAGAGCCAGGAUUGAGCAAAAUACUGUCAUAACAAGGCAACUGUCAGAGGAGAAUGCAAAUCUUCAAGAAUACGUUGAGAAAGAAGUGGAGGAGAAGAAGAAGCUCAGCAGGACUAACGAGGAGCUGCUCUGGAAGCUGCAGGAGGGAGAUGCCGUGAGCCCCGUCAAGCUCCCACCCUCACCAUCCACUCCUUUCUAUCGCUGCUCAUCAGGGAACUCCUCCCCAGCAAAAGUCAGAACCCUGAGGCGAUGAACAGGCAGCUGUGUGCUGAAGGUUCCCUGCCUUUUAUGCAUUUCCAGUCUGCAAAUUGUUACCAUCCAAGGAAGUACUACCAUCAACAGGCGCCCAGGGUUCAUGGCUGCAAGCAUGCUCAGUAGCUGCAUAGCUUUACACUAGGCAGGGUACUCUUACAGUCCCCACACAGAAAUUCUUGGUUCUGACAUGUUGAUUAGGGUAGCAAAAAAGAUAGCCAAGAACUAGAACAGCAGAAAGUUAGGAUAGCAAAAGGUUUAGUUUGAUGUGUGAACGUUUUAACUAUGGUUAGAGCCAAAAGUUGGGAAAUGCUCUAUUAAUGGUUCAUCAGAAUGAACUUUUGCUGCAGUAUUUCAGGUUAGUUGCAAAUGGUGUGAAUAUUUCUGUAUAUGUGUCUGUGUUUAUAUACAUGUAUGUAUUGUACCUUUAUACCUAUAUAUAGACGCACACACAUAUAUAUGUAGUUGCAGAUGUUCUGAAUUACAUUUUUUAUAUUAUUGGAUACUACUAAGUGCUGAUAUAUUUUCAUUACAGUCAGCAGUUUUCUAACUCGUGCCUAAGACUUGUAUCUAAACAAAAUGCAUUUCUGUUUAGCCUCCCAGGAAUAUUUAUACCCAACCUAGAAGAAAGUUACACAGAAGCAGAAGCGCCUUCCAAAUGACCACCAAGUGGUACUCUAUGUAACAUGAACACCAGCGAAUUUGAAAUUCUAAGACAGUACUGCCUUCAAAACCAUCACCUUUGCAUUGAACACCAGAAAAGAAAAGAUAUGCAUACCAUCCACUGCUUUUUAACUCUUAGCAUUGAUAUUGUAAGUGGAGAUAGGCUAGAGAUGAGAAAACUGAGAGUUUUAGCAAAUUUGGUAGAGGUUACUGGUUAACAUGGUUCAAUUUUAGUGUCUUUAUUUCAAUCCUAGUCAGAUCUUAUCUUGUUUAACCUUGUCGUGGUUAGGAUGCAAUCAAAAUCUCUGGCUGUAGAUUUCUGUCCAUUUUGUUUUAUUUCAAGCCCCAGAAGCAAGAAGGAGAAAAUAAGUUGCUUAUCUUUGCUGGAGGAGAGGUUUCCAAUAGUAAGAUGAGAUACUGGACAUCUGCUAGGGCUCUAGCUUCCUUCCACCUCAAUUGCUAAAUAGAGCAUAGCCAACUUCAUAGGUGCAGAUGAAGUCAGAAUUUCGUUGCUUCCACAUAUCUGCAUUAUUUCACAUUGCUACAGCUUACCCAGAGUUACAGAGCACUUUGAAGAUUCAUGGACAUGAGUGGCUAAACUACCUUUAACUUUCCCAUCUAGAAGCAAAAAUGUUCACUCAGGCUUGGGGGGACCUCCCACCUGAGGGGAUGGUGAGGCUGAGAAGUAGUUGGGACCAGACUGUCUGCAGGGCCUUCAUGGGAAUGGCUAACAAGAUAAAAAUAUCCCUGAGCAUAAUUUUAAAAACAGAGAUCAGUGGGAUGCUUUUCUACCCAGCUUAGGGCAAAGAGCCUGCAUGCAGCCUGCUCUGUGCACUGGGGCCAAAGUUAGCAGCGCAACAGUACCUGGAGAAAAUCCCUGAGGUGCAGGAUGGCUGCAGGGAGGGUGGCUUUCUCACCUGGGUGUGGAGUGGCACCAGCAGGCCCUGCACCCACAGAGGUGGCACUGCACAGCCCUGCCAUCCUGCUAGAGUGGGAGCUGUGCUUCAGCUUUCCUGGGAAAUACUCAGGACUCACAGACUGCAGCUUAGAUACAGCUUCAACCACCAUCAAAGCACCUGUGGCCUGUUCCACAGUGUUAAAAAGAAAGAUGAUUUUUUUUUUCUCCUUUUUAGAGAAAUUUAUUUUUGUAGCAGCUUUUGCAUGGUACUGUGAUACUUAGUAAAUUGAGCAUCUUCUUAGAAUAGAUCACGCCACACCAGCUACUAGGGUUGAAAUGCAUUGCUAGAUUUUAGUGUGUCCAGCAAGUACAACCUGAAAGAUAGAUACCUAGCACGCACAUGCACACAAAGCCCCUUCUUGCCAAGUAUGACUUUAAUAAUUUUGAUAUUUGCUUACUGCACAGCUAUUUGCAACACCUACAGCAUUGUCAUCUUUCAUUCCACCAACAGAAAUCUGAGACAGUGAGAUCACAGACUAAGAGGGUGAUUUGGGUUAGAAGGGAGCUUUAACACUAUCCAGUCCAGCCCCCACUGCCAUGGGCAGGGACACUUUCCACUAGACCAGGUUGCUCAGAGCUUCAUCCAGCCUGGCCUAGAACACUUCUAGGAAUGGGGUAUCCACAACUUCUCUGGGCAACCUAUUCCUACCACUCUCAUUGUAAAAAUUCUUUUCCUUAUAUCCAAUCUAAACCUAUCCUCUUCCAGUUUAAAACUGUUGUCCCUUCUCCUAUCACUACAGACCCUGGUAAAAAGUCUCUCUCCAUUUUUCUUAUAGGUCCCCUUGAGGUUCUGGAAGGCUGCUAAAAGAUCUCCCCUAAGUCUUCUCUUCUCCAGGCUGAGCAACUCCGAGUGUCUCAGCCUGUCUCCAUAGAAGAGGUGCUCCAGCCCUCUAAGAUCUUUGUGGCACUCCUCUUAGACCCACUCCAAGAUGUCCAUGUCCUCCUUAUCCCCAGAGCUGGAUGCAGCACUCCAGACUGGGUGUCACAAGGGCAGAGUAGAAGGGCAGAAUCCCCUCCUUGCCCUGCUGGCCAUGCUGCUUUGGAUGCAGCCCAGGAUACCAGUGACUUUCUGGGCUUUGAGCACCCAUUGUUGGUUCAUGUCCAGCUUCUCAUUCAGCAAUAUUCCCAAGUCCUUCUCAGCAGGGCUGUUUUCAAUCUCUUUACCCCCAGCCUGUAUUCAUACCAAGGGUUGCCCCCCUGACCUAGGUGCAGGACCUUGCACUUGGCCUCGCUGAACCUCGUGAUGUUCACAUGGCCCCACCUCCCAAGCCUGUCCAGAUACCCUUGGAUGGCAUUACCUCCUUCCAGUGUACCAACUGAACCACUCACCUUGGUGUCAAGCCACAGACUUGCUGUGGAUGCACCUGAUCCCACUGUCUGAGUCAUUUAAACUAUUACACAGUAAUAGCUUAAAUAUCGGUCCCAGUACAGACCUCAGAGGGGCACCACUUCUUACUGAUGACCAUUUGGACAUUGAGCUGCUCCAGAUGCAACCAUCCAACCAAUUCCAUAGCCAGCUUCCAUCCAUCAAAGCUGUACCUCCCCAGUUUAGGAUGCUGUGUGGGACUAUGUCAAAGGCCCUGCAGAGUCCAGGUAAAUGACAUCAGUUGCUCAUCCCUCACUCACUGACACAGUCACACCAUUACAGAGGGCCAUCCGAUUAGUCAGAGUGGCUUGUUGGUAGUUUCUAGGAUUCUCCUUUUUACCCUUUGUAAAAAUGGUUGAGAUGAAACAACUGGAGUUGUUAUCUUGAUGCUACUCGAAACUUUAAAUGCACUAAAGCAUAUUACGGGCCCAGGACAGGCUGGCUGAACCUGUUGUAAUUUAUUAAUCUUUCCCCUUUAUACCUGGUGCUUUCCUUAUCACCUUGUUGGUUUAAAAUUAUAUUCAAGAGAUGCUUCCAGCAGUGAAUUGGGAGUGGGGCUUUUAUGGUGGGAAAACUGGGACUGAACCCAGCACCAUCAUCAUUUGUUAUCUUUGCCAAUCCCUUUCCCAUCUAAUUUUUGCCUCCCAAUCCUGCCCCUCACUGGAUUCUUCCUUGGCACAUCCUCUGGGGCGUGCCCAAUCAUGAGCAAAACUGCAGGAACUUCUGCCUAAUCAGAGGGACCCAGCAAACUGUCCCUGUGGUGGGUGUGAAGAGUGGCUCCUUCUGGUGCAAGCCCAGAAAAAGACUUCUUUCCCCAAAAGAGGUUAUUCCUUUUUUAUACUUUUCCUCUGUCCUGUCUUUCUUUGCCUCUGCAUGCUGAAGUAGGUGCAAAAGAAAAGCUCAGGUCACUUGGACAGUGGGAGGAAGGGAGCAGCCCUGAAUGGGGCAGCCAUUCCCAGGGAAUGAAGAUCCCCAGCUGCAGGGCCAAGCUGGGGAGGGGAAGUGUUUGCUUUUGCAGGGCUGGAAACUUCCCAAAUGCUCUGGCCACUGUGGGGACUUUGCCAUUUGGAAAUAGGAUGGCCUUUGGCAGCAGAGGGAAUGUAGCCAACGCUAAGCAGAGUUUCAUCAUCUCUGUCUUUAAGGAAGCUGUUUAAUUUCGUUAAUCUUUACUCAAUGCAGAAGGGUGUAGCAGCAAUAAAACCAGCCCACAAUUGCUCCCAGGGGGUUCCAGAGAUGGGCACUGGGAGCACGUAUCAGCCAUGGGAUGGCAGGAGAGCCAGCAGCGAGUGGGGCAUGGAAAACUCCUUUUUAUUGUGGGAAGGUACCACUGGUCCCUACUGGGACUGCACCUCCAGUGACUGCUGGCACAGAUGGGUUGACUUGAUGCAUAGCAGCAAAGGCUUGUGGUGGUGGCAGGUGGGGGAGGAAAGGAAAAACUAUCAAGUGCAAAAUCAGGUAUUUUGUCUCUGCACUGAUGGUGGUUGUGUCCCAUGGACACUCUGAGGAGCCUCUGUACAGUUUCCCAUGCAGCAGGAGUUCUGUGGUCCCGUUUAUUAUGUGGCUAAUGAUUACAGGAAGAGUUUGUAUUAUUUCAAUUAUGAUGUACAGAUAAGUGUAAUAUAUUCCUGAUAAUAAAUCCGUGCGCCAGUGCACCUGUGGGCUGACGGAUACAAA